GCCCGCGACCUCCGUUCAGUCAUGGCCGUUUUCCUUCAUAAUCGGUGAAAAUGCCGACAAUUUUAGUGUUUAAUUACCACGUUUAUUUUUAUGAAUUGUUUAUUAAAAUGUGUUCGUAUUAGUGGUUUGAGAUUAUGUGUGAUCGUGGUUCCAGCUCCGGUUGUUUUUUUACAAGAAAGGGGCGUGAGGCAACUCCCGAUUUGGCCACCAGUCCCCGACGUCAGGCUCAAGGACAGGGACCUAAUGGUGGGAACACACGUCCCAAGGAACCUCCACCUAUGGUUGUGCAGGGGGAUUUCCGGAAGGUGAGCGGGAUAUCGAAUGAGAUAUUUCGGCAGAUAGAGACGGUAGAGAACGACCAUGAUGCGACAACAGCGGCUGCUCUGGAGGCAGUGGAGCGGCGGGGUGAGAUGGUGGUAAGACUGUUGGACCCAAGACAUCUUGGUCGGGCAGCCAGUGACGUUGAUAAGCGCUAUCUUGCCCUACAGGAUGCAAAUCAUUCAGUGCAUCUAGUAGAAAUUGUGAAGAGGCCAGGACAAACGCUGGGGCUGUACAUCCGUGAGGGGAAUGGUCUAGACCGCUCAGACGGAGUAUUUAUAUCCAGGAUAGCCCUUGAAUCUGCUGUUUAUAACAGUGGAUGUCUAAAGGUCGGAGAUGAGAUCCUAGCUGUGAACUUGGUAGAUGUGACCCGUAUGAGCCUAGAUGAUGUGGUGAUAAUUAUGUCGAUACCACGGAGGUUGGUACUAGUGACACGCCAGCCCCGUGGAGGACCCUCGGCAGGUGUGGUGCCACAGCCCCAGUCUCGGCCUCUGGAACCCAAACCACCUCCUGUUGUUGUCAUCAAGAAGGAGCUCACCCGGGAUGAGGAGCUGGACGAUGAGGAAGACGAGAAUGGCAUGAGCGACAGGAGAUACAACAUGUCCCAUGGAAGACACACGGACAGUUUGCGGAGAGAUCUGACAGGCAGCCGCCGUAUGCACCGGGAGGAGCAGAGCAGGGACAGGAUGCAAACCUCCAGGUCUCAUCUAGCUCUCGGAGUCACUUCCCUCCGAUCCUCACAGCAAUCCCUCAACGACACCGGAGACAUCAACAACUACAUGUUGGGCGGUGGCGACCUCUAUUAUAACUCUAGACCACAACACCAGACAGGGAUGAGUGUUCAUUCAUUCUAUCCUAAUUCAAGCACAACGCCAAUCAGAAGGAUGUCAGCAACCUCGUCUACCACCCGUUUGUCUUCAUUACAAUCUCAGUAUUACACACGGUCGAACCAGCGAACUGUUAUAACACGUUCUGGCAGUGACCAACAUCUGCCUCGUGUUGAAUAUGACUACGGUUCACCUACUACAACACACAGGCAGCAGACUCACAGCCUGCUGAGGUCUAGCCUGAAGCCCGGGACAAUAAGCAGCUACUACACAGCAAGCCGCAAUGUGGGCCAGAACCUAAGCACAACUAGCACAUUGUCACGGCGUCAGCGCACCCUGGACUACGCUUCCGACACCGAAGCCACUUGUCCUUCUACACAACGAUCCUCCUACUACUAUUACAGGGAUAGACCCUCGGCAACAGGAGUAUCAACAUUGUCGCACAUAAGCUCAGCAACCCCUUCCAGUAUUACGAACCCUACAUCAACCACUCCACGCGGUAUCAGUCUCAGAUCCAACUCUCUGCCCAGAGACAGUCGAGGCUCAAGGAGUCACCACCAGAUCCCUUCGUUAGCUCAACAUACUACCAGUACACGACAAUCUAGUGGAGUUCGGUUCGAGAGAGACUCGCGAUCUCUGCUCGACCAAGAUGACAGUGACGGUGCUCUAUCAGCCCCUGAGCUUCCAAUAGCUAGGAGGAAAGAAAGAGGUCGAAUACCCUCCUCACCAAGUGUGUUCACAGCAGAUGAGUACCGAGCUUGGCUCUCACGAGCUCCGUCCACUAGCGCCAUCUACGAGCGGAUAAGGGCGGGCAGGGACGGCAUGCUCCGCCAACAGAAGGCUGCACAAAGAUUCACGUUCAGUGCCGAGAACCUUCCUGAGAGAACGAGACAGUCGGAACUAUUGUACUCAUCGUACCGUCCUGGUCAGCUGGCCACGAUGGGACCAAUCACACCAACAGGAGCAGGCACAGUGACGUUGGACCGACACUCGCUGGCGCAGCGCUCUACAUCCCUGCGCCGCAUGCGUCACCUGCUGGAGCUAGAGGCUAAACACUUGGGUGAGCGCACACAGGCAGCAGCUCGUGCUCAGGAGGUGCAGGCUGACCGUGCUCGAGUCCUUGAGAUCAAUCCUGCAGAGUUCCUAAAGUAUAAGAUGGACAAGCCAGCAGGGAUGCUGGGAGCGGAGGUUGCUGGAGUCAGUGGGCUGCUAUGGCUUCAUCUGCUAGCUGGCCGUGGUCUGCGCUCCUCCGUCACUUCCUCCUCUGGAAUGAGAGAUCUCUACUGUGUGCUGGAGUGUGACAGAGUCCACAAGGCCAGAACUGUCGUCCGAACCGGCGACCUUGUCUUUGACUGGGACGAGACAUUCGAACUGGACCUCGUAUCUAAUAGAGAGUUAGAUCUGUUAAUAUAUUCCUGGGAUCCUCAGUACAGGCACAAAUUGUGUUACAAGGGCUCAGUACAUUUAGCAACAUUAUUAAGAGAUUCACCAAUACACCAACUGGCGCUCAAAAUAGAACCUAGAGGCACUUUGUAUCUUCGUUUGCGACACACUGACCCCCAUCAUACGUUCCUUAGGAGAAGUAAACAGUUACUACUCCCCUCAAGAUCAGGGGUAUCAAAGUCCUUGGUGUCUGGUAUAUUUGGUACUGAACUAGAAACUGUCGUCAAUAGAGAAAAUCUGACGGGUGGGGUUCCGGGCGGAGUAGUAACCUCUGUUACAAUGGCAACCCAACUGAGUGUCAACAAUCUGGUGCCAAUUAUUGUGAGACGCUGUGUGGAAGAGAUUGAGAGGCGAGGGCUUGAUAUCAUAGGUCUGUAUCGGCUGUGUGGUUCUGCCACUAAGAAAAGAAUUUUGAGAGAAGCUUUUGAAAGAAACGCAAGAACGGUGGACCUGUCUCCUGACAAUGUUCCUGACAUCAAUGUUAUCACAGGAGUACUCAAGGACUACUUGAGGGAGCUACCAGAGCCUUUGUUCACAAAGUGUCUUUAUCAGAUGAUGAUAGAUGCACUUUCAGUGUGUUUACCUGAUGAUCCUGAGGGCAAUGCUAAACUUAUGUUUUCUAUACUAGACUGCCUUCCUAGGAUAAACAGGGCCACACUGAUAUAUCUGAUGGACCACUUGGCACUGGUAGUAUCACAGUCUGAACAUAACAAGAUGUCUCCGCAGAAUCUGGCCAUCUGCUUUGGUCCGGUGUUGAUGCUGCAGAGUGAGGGUUCUGACAAACCCCUGGACUUCAACCAGCCCAUCAAUGCUCUCCGAUACCUACUCGAGAUCUGGCCGGUCAAGUCAGUUCGGGAGCUGUUAACCGGAUCACCGCAGCCACCAUUACGCCCACCCAAGGCUUCCCCCUUGCCACUGCCUCCCCCCUUACCGGUCAAACCGGCCGGUUUCUCUCUUCAGAAAGGCGGCGUAGUGCCGACUCCAUCCAAGGGAAUCCGCAAGCCUCCUCCUGCAGUCCCAGCUCGCUGUACCCCGGUAGUUGUGGCUUCACCAACCAGUGACUCUUCUCCGGAGGAUGUAGAGGAACCGACUAGUGAAGGUUCGGUGAAACGAACCCCACCUCGCGUCGAACCGCGCCGAAGCAAUGGUAACAACGUUGUUCCUAGGAGCUUUCAGCAAAAUGGUGUUGACAAAUCUCCAGGCUCACCUAGAAGUACACCGCCAGUGCCGAGUCGGAAUGGUUUUCAACCAGGACAGGGAAACGGUUUUAACCAAAAUCAAAAUCGCCAAAUGUUUUCAACUAAUCAGUCUAAUUUCUCUUCCGGUUUAUCGACAGAGGCCACAAAGUCACCUCAGUCACCCGGAGUAUUUAAUUCUGAGAAACCAUCCCCCAAAGUUAGUCCUGGAGGGUUUAUCAAUGGCAAGAAUUUCCAAGAAGAAAAUCCGGAACAGAGUUCUACAGCUGAAACAGAAGAAUUAUCAGUGGAGACACCGAGCUCCUCCACGGGGACAGAGGAAGAUUCCCGGAAAGAGGUCGGGGAACGCGGAGUUGAGGCUGAUGAAGAAGCAAGUGACGACGAAGUUGAGAAUGAUGUUAUGAGCCAAAAAUAAGCCACGGUUGGAAAAAAUCUCCUUCACUGCCAUAUUUAUUUAUCUUAAAGACAUUCCUCUGCUUGACUCGAAGAUUAUAACGGUUUUGCAAAUUUAUAACUUCAAUAUCUGAACAUAAUAUAUCUUAUUUUCUAAUCUGUACAUAAUCUAAAUAGAUUAUACCUUAACUUAUGUUCAUUCUAAGUGUAUAAAUUUAGCAUACAUUUUUGUUCAAUUAAAAACUGUAUUCAUUAUUUAAUGAAUGAAACUAGGCACAAAGUUGUAAAAAGUGUGCAGUCGAUAUCACAAACAGGGGCUUUAAAUGUAUAAAGGUUGAACAUAUUAGAAACUGUAUUGUGAUAAUUAGAACAUUUUAAGGAAGAUAGCAAUAAAACCACCAUCAAAUGAUGUGAAUAGAAUGAAUUAUUAGUUAUAAUUUUUGUUAAUAAUAUAUUGUUCGUUAAUGAUUUAUAUAUGUUGAUUGUUUUAACAUCUUUCAAAAAUACAUGUGAUAUUAAGAAAGUGAUCUUAUGGUAGUAGAUCAAACAUGAUGUUUGGCAAAGUAUUAUUUAAAGUUAACAAACAAGGCAAGUGUAGUAGCACACAAAUGAGGCCUCAGGAAACCCGGAGGAUUCCACUGUGUAGAGGUCCAAAUUUUUAUAAAAGUCCUUUAGAUGAACUGAAUCACUCUGCAAUGCAAAUAACCUAAGGGAUUUGCACAAAGCAAAGGGCAUAUUAUUGCUUAAGGUCAGCAUAAAAAAUGUUUCUGUUUAUCAAGCCAUCACAAAGUCCCUCCCAAGGAUUCUUUUUAUUUAUCCAAGUAAGUUACUGUACUGAAACUGCUUGUAUGUCUUUUUAAAGAAUUUAUGUAUAAAUACCUAACCAGUUGGUUUGUAUCAUGUUCUCAGUUCAAAUAAUGAAAAAUUAAAAAGGCAUUUUUCGCAUAAUUUUUAUUGAUAUUAUUAGACCAGUAAAUGUAGUUUCAAGUCACAGCUAGUUCAUGAAAUUAUAGUCAUAUCUUAAGAAACACUGCAACGUUACGUGUCUUAAAGGUUGGACUAACCAGCAUCAGUGGUGGCUCUUAAAAAUUACAUGAAAUUUGUAUACAGAAUUUGAAUUUUAUAAAUGAACUUGUUUUAACAGUUCUGAACUUUAUCAACAAAAAGUGCAAUGUUUACAUACAUUAUUUUACAAUACGUCACGAUUUUGUGGUGCAGCACUAAAGUAUUUCCAAUGCUGGUGGUCUGUAGAAAGCACAAUACAUAUAAGUGUCAAAUUUAACCUUUUUAGGGCAAUAGGAAGUUUAAAAGCAAAAUAUUUCUUGUACAGGUUGAAACCCCUAAAGAUGGUUGACCUUUAUAGAAAAUCUGUACUUUUUCUCUGGAAGCAUAAGACAUCUUUAUCUAAAAUUUCAUCACUCUAGACAAUUGGGAAGUUAGAAAACAAAAAUAAAGUUCUUAUAGUGUAGUAGGAGUCCCUUUUAAACCCCUAUAGGUGGUUGAUCUUUAUGAAAAUGCUUUAUUUUUUAUAUAUGUGAUCAGAUAUGUUUGUAUGAAAUUUUAUCUUGACAGGAUAGCGAGAAGUUGAAAACAAAUAUUGUUCCUAUAAGGUUUUCAACUCCAUUUCAGCCCUUAUGGAUCUGCAAGAACAUCUUUACUUUAUAUGUUAAGAAGAUAAGGCAGUGUAUUUUGAAUUUCAUAGCUUUAUGCCAUCAGGAAAUUAAAAGAAUUAUAGUUCUUAUAAGGUUUUCAAGCCUAUUUCAACUCUAUGGAUGGUUGAUCUGCAAGAAAAAUAUUGUUUUUCUGGUUAGAGCAUAAAGCACAUGUGUCAAAUUUCAUCGUUGUAGGACAUCGGAAGUAGAAAAAACAAAAAUACAAUUCUUCUAGGUUUUGCAACCCCCAUGUAGGCGUUGCUCUGUGGGUUGUUGAUCUCAUGACAAUGAUUUAGUUUUCAAUGUAGGUGAUGAGGAGCAUGUGUGUCAAAUUUCAUCUUUCUAGGACAUUGGGAAGUUAAGAAAAGAAAUGUAGUUGUUCUAGAGCGUGCAAUCCUACUGCAACCGCUAUGGAUAGUUAUGAAAAUGCAUUAGUUUUCUAUUUACGUCAUGAGGCACACAUGUGCCAAAUUUUGACUUGAUAGGUUAUGGAGAAUUAGUGAUGAGUGAGUGAGGGGUUUGCUUUUUAUACAUAGAGAUCAAUCCAACAGAAUAACUUCAUUACAUGUAUUUAUAACUUACGGAAAAGUGACAUAUGUCUAACUUUCACAGUAUUCUCAACUUGUUUAUUCUGUUUUUCUUGUUGCCAUCAUAGUUACUGAUAACUCUCUAAUCUUUUUAGUAAAAACUGCUGCCCUGUAACUUUUUGAUCCCAGAAUCAAUAGAUAUUUUUGUUGGAUCUUGACGAAUCUGUGUUUUGUACCAAGUUCAAAUCUCCAGGACAUUUCUGUCAAGAGUUGAGACGCAGGACAGACUAGAACACAAUUUUAAGAAGGAUCUGUUGGGUUCUUAAUAAUUGUCCUAGCUAGAUUUAUUUGGAGUAGUUAUAGAACAUGUAAAUAAACAAAGUUACUCUUUAAAAUUAAAAGUGAAUAUCUCAUUUUUAGACAAUACACUAGUAGUGUGGAUGGAGCCAUUGUUCCUUAAUUUUAUGAAACUUACUUAUUUCGAAGAAUUCAAAAAUAUUUGUAAUCACUGAAAUUUAGUACAUGCAUCUCAAUUCUAUUGAGCACUUAAAUUAAAAUUUACUAAGCCAUAUUCUUGAAAUUUAUGUUUUGAUAAUCACAACACAUGUGUUUUUGAAAGAUUACUUCGCUUGUAACAGGAUUUGUGUUCAAAUAUAUUGUUAUUGAACUUAUUUGUUUAUAGAAUGUUAUACAAAGACAGAUAAUAUGUAGUGUUAUUUAAUGUUUUGUAUACAUUCCAGAUUUUGCCUAAAUAUGUAGACCAAUUCAAAACUACAGAACUAUUGAUUGCUCCAUUAGUUUUGUUUAGAAUUUUUACUUUUUUAUGUAUAUGUUCUUGGCAGUUUGUGGUUAUGAUGUCAUGAUUAAUUAUUUAAUGUUUUGGUUGUUAACUAUUUGCAACCAUGUGUAAGAUAAAAGCCUGGUCAAUUAAAUGUUCUGAAUUAGUCUUUGAUUGACUUAAGUUUUCUACUGACCUAUUGUUUUUUUU